CUUUCUGCAUGAUUCCUGCAGACAGUCAUCACUUCUAUGCUGUCUGUUUCCGAAAAGCAUUUCCCCAUACAAUACAAGUUAUCAUCCUGUUGUCUGAUAUUUGAUGUUCCGGUCAAAAUGUUAUCAUAUUACUGCAGUGCUGUUCUCGUUUAACUCCAAAAAUCGAAUCAGCUGAAUCUGUGUCUGAUCUCUGCGCCUCAGCGUCGGCCCUGUCCGUUGGAUCUGAGCGUCAGGAUCGGGAAGCAAAGUGAGGAGGCAGCUGCUGCCGGUGCAGCGGCACAAAAUGUCUGAAAGCCCAGAGAAAGGUGUCUCUCUGUCGGCUCAGGAGCUGAAGGAACAGGGCAACCGCCUCUUCCUGAGCCGCAAGUACCUGGAGGCUGCUGCCUGCUACGGCAGAGCCAUAACCCACAGUCCCUCUGUUCCAGCGUACUACACCAACAGAGCUCUGUGCUACGUGAAGCUGCAGCAGUAUGACAAAGCUCUGGCAGAUUGCCGACACGCCCUGGAGCUGGACAGCCAGUCAGUCAAAGCUCACUUCUUUAUGGGCCAGUGCCACCUGGAGAUGGAGAACUAUGACGAAGCCAUCGGUAACCUACAGAGAGCUUUUAACUUAGCAAAAGAGCAGCGGCUGAACUUUGGCGACGACAUUCCCAGCGCUCUGCGGAUAGCGAAGAAGAAGCGCUGGAACAACCUGGAGGAGAAAAGGAUCAGCCAGGAGAGCGAGCUCCACGCCUACCUCACCAAACUCAUCCUAGCUGAGAAAAAGAGGGAACUGGAGGGCUGCAGACAGAAGCAGGAAGACAAAUCAGACGACAUCAGAAUUCAACACAACGUGAAGGAGAUCCACACUAAACAUGACAAGUUUCUUUCAGACAUGGAGGAGCUGUUCAGUCAGGUAGACGAGAAGAGGAAGAAGCGCGAGAUCCCAGACUACCUGUGUGGAAAGAUCAGCUUUGAGUUGAUGAGAGAGCCCUGUAUCACUCCCAGUGGAAUCACCUACGACAGAAAAGACAUAGAAGAGCACCUACAGCGAGUCGGCCAUUUUGACCCGGUGACACGCACUCCUCUGACACAAGAUCAACUCAUCCCAAACCUGGCCAUGAAGGAGGUUAUUGAUGCUUUUAUUUUGGAGAAUGGAUGGGUGGAGGACUACUGACCAAUGAGACAAAGGGAGGGAAGUGAUUUUUCAUAGAUGGCUCAACCCCAAAAACCUUCUGAAGGUGUCACUUUCUCUCUUAUUUGUUUUACAGUCGGGUAACAUGUGAUGUCAUCAUAGUGUAUCCCUUCCUUUUAUUUAUUUUUUUCACCCAUUUUUAAGCCUCUUCGGCCAAAUCCCGACACCCUACACUCACAGGCUCCGAGCCGUGUUGCUGGUAGGUGUGUGAACGCUGUUUUACACCAUCAUUCAUCACCAUAAUAUGUUCUUUGUGUGAGUCCGUAUUUCUGUACACUUUCCUGUGGGACUUACCCAAACUUCAAAGUGAAAUUGAUGACGUGAAGGUUGUGAUCAUCAACCUCCCCCCCCCUCCAACCCAAUUGUUAACAAAUAUUCAUAUUUUUCUAUAAAGUUUAAAAAGAUAAAAAAUCAAUACAAAGCCAUCUUGGAUGUGAUUGGAGAAUCACGAAGAAGUCAAUUUGUAAGUGAAGAACAUCCUUUGAUCACUUUUGUGGUAAUUUAUUUUACAGUUUUAGAGUUAAAAAAAAAAAAAAAGUCUUUCAGUUUCAUAUCCUAAAAUGAUUUACAUAAAUGUCUUUCUUACUUUCAAUAGUUUGCUUCAAUAUAGAAACACUGUAAUGUAAGCCACACCAAUUCAUGUGUUUUUUUUUACCUUCUUGGUCUUUGCUGCGUGUUGUUUCCUGGCAUCCUGUGAUGUCACGGUAGUGCAUCCCAUUCAGUUUAAUAUCACACCAUCUCAGCCCUCGAAGACACACACACACACACACACACUCACGCACUGCACACCUGACAUCAUUAGAGUCCGUCAGGUUUAUCAGAUGUAAGGUGGCGAUAGGGAUUGGGAGGGUGUCAUGAAGGAGCAGUUGUUCUGUCAUUACUUUAAAUCUGCAGCACAUCAAGUUAAACUGUGCCGUUAUGUCCUUUAGAGAAGUUCCCAAGUAAUUCUCAGAUAAAGAGAGUAUAAUACAAUUUAAAUGACAAUGAUGUAAGAUGUAAAAUAAUGUACGACCAGCAGAAUGAAACAAGCAAGUUUAAGCUAAAAAGACCAAAUAGGUUUCAAACAGGAGCAGUUCCCCCCAUAUCAUCCUGAUUUACAUUUACAGAGGAACUAAAGCUUGAGAUUGACAAAGUGAGUUUUCAGUUCUUUUUUUUUUUGUGUGUUCAACCUUGACAGCAGAUUCAGUUUUUCUUCAUCUGAACUUUGACUGUCCAAACAUCCCCUUUCUGUUCUUAUCUGUUUGUUCCAUAUGACUUUUACUUACACCAGUAAGACCGGGGGCUACACGUUGUGUUUGUUUGAGGUUUUAUUUUCAUCAGCUGAGAUGUUUCCGGGCUGUCAUGUAAAGAUCAGAGUCUGAAGAAUUGAGGCGACAAAACCAGCAGCUGCACACUGAAGAUUUAAGGCUGACUGGUUUCAACUUCUGCUUUCCUGUUCCACAUUUGUGUCGUUUUAAAAAUGACCUGUUGUUAAUCAGUAGAUGAAGAAAAAAAAAUCCAUGCUUUGUUUACUCUUAGAGUAAACAAACUGCUGGCUGACGAUCAGUUCAUGAAUCAAAACUGCAACGCCGGAGUUGCUCUUCGUUUUAAGUUUCAAUGUGGGAAAGUGUUGUGUUUGCUGGCAAACUAAAAGAUAGGAGAUUGUGACGCUGCAGCUAAAUAGAAAGGAGGCGUCCGAGAGGUUGAAAACAAGUUUCUGAUCUUUAUUUGAAAAUGUUUUUAGAUAACUGUCUUGUUUAGUAAGUGGUCUAUGGUGAUGCCUCUUUAUGAAAAACAACUGAGUUUGUUCUUGUAAAUUAUUUUGAGUUUCCUCUGUACAUUUUUUUAUUGUUUUUUUUUUUUUUUUAAACUUUGUGUGUACUUCUGUGAAUGACCAGCAGGAGUGGUAAAAAAAAAAAGUUCAUCCUUAUUGGACAACAGCUGUAGUUCUUAUUUGUUUAAAGCUUGUCUAUAUAAAUGUAUUUCUUUCUAUUCUAACUGACAAUUACAAAACUCGUUGACUCAGUCAAGUGAAGGUCUGAUUGUCUGCAUGUUUCUAAGAGACGGUCAGGACAACUCAAGUGAACCGAUGUACAAACUGACUUAAUUCCUUUGUCAGAACAGAAAGACUUUGAAUGAUCGAUCUUCUGCACCUUAAAAGACACAAUGUUUGAAAUGUGAUCAAAUAAAUGUUCCAUGUUUUCUA